CGGGAAAGAAGUCGAAAGCGCCGGGAGGUAGCAGUCACCACCAUGCCAAAGAAUAAAGGUAAAAGAGGUAAAAACAGGCGUAGGGGUAAGAAUGAAAAUGAAUCUGAAAAAAGAGAAUUGGUGUUUAAAGAGGAUGGACAAGAGUAUGCUCAGGUAAUUAAAAUGUUGGGAAAUGGACGAUUAGAAGCUAUGUGUUUUGAUGGUGUAAAGAGAUUAUGUCAUAUCAGAGGAAAAUUGAGAAAAAAGGAUAACAAAGCUGAUGUAAUUUUAAAGUACAAUGCUGAUGAAGCUAGAAGUCUGAAGGCAUAUGGCGAGCUUCCAGAACAUGCUAAAAUCAAUGAAACAGAUACAUUUGGUCCUGGAGAUGAUGAUGAAAUCCAGUUUGAUGAUAUUGGAGAUGAUGACGAAGACAUUGAUGAUAUCUAAAUUGAACUCAGAGUAUGUGAGGAUUAUUCUACAAUUUCAGUUUUGGCCAACACCUGUUAAGAAGACUAAAACUUCAUUUAUGAAUUUAGUUUGUUAAGACACACUGAUUUAUUUUCAUUGUUUUGAAGUAUUAUAUUUCUCUAAAAACUGAUGAAACUGGAUUACUUUAAGUGAAAUUUUAACACUUUAUUCUUUUGAUAUAAUUGAAUUUAGGAAUAAAAGACUACAAUAUCUGCUGUUAAAUAAUAGAAACAAGUCAUUCCCACUGUGACUACUCUAUUCUAGUUAAUAGGUGUUUUGAAUAAAUUGCCUUAUCAUUAUAGGUUUUGAUAAAGCCUUGUUCCAGCUAGUCUGUUUACAGUCUUUCUGUAUAUUCUAGUUAACUAGAUGUUUUCUAAGAUUUUUGAUAUAAUUUAAGAAAGGUAUAGGUCUACACUUAAAGUCAAGAAAUGGGGCUAUUUUCAUAUUUAUGUAGUCAUAUGUAUUUUUAUACUGUUUGAUAACUUAAAUAUUCUUUUCAUCAUUAUAUGUUGCCACCAUCAUAAAAAAAAAGCAUUUCCAAAAUGCAGUUUUUAGAACAUGGGUUUGAAAAGCAAUUUUCAAUUUGUAAGAUUAGUAGUUAAACAAAAAUUAGUGCUAGGUAACCCAAUUAUUUUUACAUUGGAAGUACUGACAUAUUAGUUUAGUAUUUUUACUUAAUGUGUAUAGAAAGUUUCUCAAGAUAGCUUUUGAUGGUAAAAUAAGUACAGUAUUUUUUAUUAUACAGAAUAGGUUGUGUUAAAUAUGUCAUUUAUUGUCAAAAGUAAUAUGCAUUGUAACUCAUAUUUUUGGACUUUUUUUAAAAUUAAAUGAAUGAAAAACUAAUUAUAUAGUAAGUUAUAUUAAACUAAGCCUUUCUUAAAGCCUUAGCUGGGUUUUAUAAAAGGGGAAGAAAGGAACCACCACUGAGAAAUAUAAUAAAAUAUGUUG